ACCGCUGUCCACUCAGACUAGAGAGAUUAUGUUAACAAAUUGUAAAAGAAAAAUAUAUAUAUAAAAAAAAAUAUGCUUAAACCCAGAAGUGUUCAUAUGAUAUUGCAGUGUCAAACAAAAACAUUGUAAUUUGAAUAUAUUUAUUAUAUGAAAUAUUUUAUCUAUUUUUUUUUAAAGACAGAACACAUAGGAUGUCACCAAAGAUUUUCUAAAACAUUGCACAACGUACUGUAGGUCUACUUGUUUGACUCUGCAUAGCCUACCAGAAUGCUUAUUCUGAAGAGAAUAUCAUCAGGCAGAGCAGCAGCGCCCUCUUCAGGGCAAGCCUGGGCAUCGUCUGCGUUGCGUCUCUGCACUGUGCAGGGCCUGCGCACGCUAGUACACGUCAUCAUAAUUGCCAGCAGCGAAUCUCUGCCCAGAGCUGCGUAAGCAGCGUUGCGCAGACCUGGCGUUGCGCAGUGAAAACGACGCAGCCAUUUAUCUUCAUCUUGUUGUAAAGCCACAGGUCCGAGAAUGCAAAUACUGCAAUAGUGGCUGAUGUUGGGGCUUCUUUAUAUCUAAUUUAGAAUUGAGAGACUAAAACGUUUUCCUUCUCAUAAGCAUUGAGAGAAACAACCACAUAGGUAGCCUAUUUAGACGGGAUCGAGCGAUUCCAUACUAUAGCCAAGAAAGUGCGCUUGGUAGACGUGGUAAUGUCUUUGAAUAUCACUGUGAAAAGUGAAGACUCCGAGUCCUUUAACGAAGAAGACGAAUUAUCUCCGCUGCUUUCAGUCAAAAGAGGCUGCGAGUCUGCAGCUCGUCACGAUAUUUAUCCGGGAGAAGGCGGUCCAAUAGAAGACCAUGCAGGGUAUUCAACACAGCAUGGGCGGCUGGCAACUAAAACGACCAGCAAACCCAUUGUACUGUAUAAUCAGACAGACGUGGCAUAUUUUUCAGUCUUGUCUCACAGGAUCUUUUACUUUAGAACUACUAUUAGAUAAUAGGCCGAAUCUACUGCACACCCGGCCCUGAGUAGUGAACGUUCUGGACGCAAAAGGCAAACCUGGAGAAACAGGAAAAAGUCUGCACACUUCAGAAAAAUGAGUGCAAUCUAUAAUAAAAUAUCAUAAUUGUAUUGACAUUAUGAGCUGUCGCAAAAAAUAUUUGCUCUAUAUUUGCUCUCUCUGUUUUGCAUGUGGCAUCUUUCUUUCUGUACACUAGAUCCUGUGAGUGCUGACUGUUUAUUUUCCUCUAACGUCACUUCUGCAGAUGGCAAAACCAUCUUAAAGAUAGCUCUAGCCCCAGUCAUGACCCUCCCGACUCCUCGGCCUCCUCCCCAGGUAUCCCCAGAGUUCUCCUACCAGGACAUUGUGUACCUGAUCGACGUAGUGGGGCGCCGCUGGAGCCUGUACGGGACCCGGGAGCGUUCGCAGCUCUUUCAGAGCGUGCAGAAAGAGUUGGAGGAGCAGGGUCACUGUCUUCCUGUUGAGAAGAUCCGCCGCAAGUGGAACAACUUCAUCGUCACCUAUAAGAGGGUCAAAUACAGAGGCAGGGAAACCGGCCAGGCCAGAACCUCCUGGCAUGCCGAGGAGGAGCAGGUCUGUCGCAGCAGGGCAGAGGCCCAGGGGAGGAGGUCCGAGAGGAGGGAGGUGUGCAUGGCAGAGUCCCUGGGAAGGAUGGCCACAGCUCUGGAGCUGCUCUCCUCCAAACAGGACACAGUCAUUGCCCUGCUGCAGAGACGGGAAGUGACAGUCAUUGCCCUGCUCCAGGGUUGUCUCGAACUAAACCCUGCCUAUUUUUGCAUUUAUUUUCUUAAAAUUUGAUUUUAAACCUAACAUUAACCACACUACUAAUAUUAUGCCUAACCUUAAAUUAAGGACAAAUAUUAUUUGUUUUUUUAUUUUUGUUUUCAUGAAUGCUUACUUUGUGGCUAUAUAAUCUAGUGGAAACCCUUCUGCAGAGACUAGCUGAUGUGACACUGUAAUCGGCAUACUGCAUGACUGGCCGAGAGAGACUGGGAGGCUGACUCGGCAUGCGACCGAAGUGGCAGUCUUUUUCGUUAUAUAUUGCACGACUUAUAAGCUAAAACACAGUAAACCCCACCUGGUGUCCCAGGUCAAAAUCGAUCCCUGAUUAGAGGGGAAGAAUGAAAAUUAGCCGUGGACCUUGGUUCGAGGUCCAUAUUUGAAUUUGCCUAAUAUAAGCAAAAGGGUUCGGAUGCAGACUAUAUAUAUAUAUAUUCACCUUCAUUUAACCAGGUAGGCUAGUUGAGAACAAGUUCUCAUUUGCAACUGCGGCCUGUCCAAGAUGAAGCAAAGCAGUUCGACACAUACAACAACACAGAGUUACACAUGGAAUAAACAAACAUAGUCAAUAAUAAAGUAGGAAAAUCAUAUACAGCAUGUGCAAAUGAGGUAGGAUAAGAGAGGUAAGGCAAUAAAUAGGCCAUGUUGGCAAAGUAAUUACAAUAUAGCAAUUAAACACUGGAAUGGUAUGAUGUGCAGAGGAUGAAUGUACAAGUUGAGACACGGGUGCAAAGGAGCAAGAUAAAUAAAUACAGUAUGGGGUUGAGGUAGAUUGGAUGCGCUAUUUACAGAUGAGCUAUGUACAGGUGCGGUGAUCUGUGAGCUGCUCUGACAGCUGGUGCUUAAAGCUAGUGAGGGAGGUAAGAUUGACUGUGUUGUAGAAUUUACAAUGGAAUAAACAUUUUGAUUAAA